CGGAUCGUUGCGAAUUUCCGGGAUGAAAAAAUUUUUCUGCUUAGUUAAAAAAAAAACGUUUGUUCUUGAGAAACAAUUUAACGCACACGCAGAAUUAAUCAUUGCAUUAGACAAGUCUAGAAGAUUUUCCUUUUUUUGAUCAAAUUGAUAUGACUUCAAAUAAAAAGUAUGGGCUGAUCCUUGCCUCAGCUAGGAGAGAUGAGGCAAGAUCAGCUGCCGGUGUGGGAGGCAUUCGCAAGAUCAAUGUUCUGCGGACUUCAGAUGAUGAGCUUGAAGAUGAUGACCCACAAGAAGAACAGAGUCGAGUACAGAAACGAGGAGAAGGCAACUCAGCGCAGCAGGCUCAACAGAGGCGGCUCAUGAGGGAGGCUCUUGAAGAGGACCCCUCGAUAUUCAUGUAUGAUGAGCACUACGACCAGCAGCAGGCACAGCUUACUGCUGUCAAGGAGCGUCGGCAGCUUGACACUGCUCCUAAGUACAUAGGACGCAUCCUGGAGUCAGCACGCCGGCGGGAGCUGGAGCGCGACCGCUGCUCUGUGCGUAAGCUGCAGAAGGAGAGGCAAGCAGAGGGCAGCAUCUUCCAAGACAAGGAGUCCUUCGUCACCCCCGCCUACAGCAAGAAACUGCAAGAGAUCAGAGAAGCAGACGCUCGGGACAUCAUGCAAGCAAAGGUUGAAGAGAAAAACGAAGCCAAGAAAGACACAAACAGAGCAAGUUUCUACAAGAACCUCUUUGAGCAAAGAGUGAUGGGCGAUGUGCCUGUCAGUGACGCAGUAAUUCCUUCAGACGACAGGCGUGUGGACGACAGGCGUGUGGACGACCAACAUCCUUCAGACCUCAGAAGUCCUGCUGACAGAAAAACUGAUAUCGUUCCUCGUGACACCAGCAGAUCUCGGUCUCGCUCACCUCAUCGCAAGGAAGUUCCAGAAAAUCCCACUUUGCGUGAGGCACGAAGAACUGAGACCAACAAAUCAAAUGAUUCUAGUGAACGAGUGGAAUUUCGUAAAAUUAAAACAAACAAAUCAGGUGAUAAAACAAAUGCCAAACGACUUCGUCGACUAGAAGAAGAAUGUAGUGAAAGUGGAAACGAGUCACCAGAGGCGAAUGAUCAUGUCAAUAUAAAAGAAGAAGCAGCAUCUUCCUCAGAAAGUGAAACAUCAGUGGAAGAGCCCACUCCAUCCCCUGCUAAGGUGGCAGAGACUAGGGAACAGCGCGUCGAGCGUCUGUUUGCCAAACGGACGGUCGGGGACAAAUUCGUGGAAGCUCAGCAACGAUAUUUAAUUAGGAAAGCUGAGAGGGAGAACGCUUAACUUCCAUCUUUUUGUCCUAUGUAAUGUUUAUGUAGAUCAUAUUAUCAUAUACAAUCGGAGAGAUGUUUAAUACUGCAAUGUAUGAGUCGCAUUUUUCGUAUAAUUUGAGAUCACAUUAGACAAAAAUAUUUCAAUAUUUCUCAAUAAUUCUGGUGCCGUAGUUGAAUU